UUUCUACCCACCGCAAUCGCUCACCUCAAUCUCCAACUCUUCAAGAUGAAGACCGCCGCUCUUUUGUCUCUCCUCGCCGCUGCUGGCAUGAUUGCCGCCGCUCCUCUGGGCAGCAUCCCCGCGACCCCUGGCGCCCUUACCGAUGGCGUCAAGACCCCCGAAACCCAAAGCAGCCUUCCGGACACCCACAGCAGCCUUCCCGACACCCACAGCAGCCUUCCCGACACCCACAGCAGCGUCGACGGGGCACAAAUCGUCAACCCUCCUGCUGCCAAGGUCCCUGCCGCCAAUGUCCCGGCGGCCAAGGUCCCCGAGGUUGGUCAUGGCGCAAGCCGCCGUGGCGCGCCAGUCAACAUCGGCGGCGUGUCCGGCGACAACAACAUGAUCGCCUACCCUCCCGCCCAGAAGCAUGCUCCCGCCCCAGCCCCGGCUCCGGCUCCUGCUCCUGCUCCUGCUCCUGCUCCUGCUCCUGCUCCUGCUCCUGCCCCUGCCCCUGCCCCUGCCCCUGCUCCUGCUCCUGCUCCGGCACCGGCACCGGCACCGGCUCCGGCUCCGGCUCCCGCCCCUGCCGCUCCCGCCCCGCCCCGCCAGCGAGCUCGACCUCCACCACGACGCUGCGCAGGAGAAGGACCACAGCAGCAACUUCAACGUCUACGAGAACCACAACUCCGGCGUCAACGAGCACGAGCACCACGUCGACGACUACGAUUACUCCUCCUACGACAACACCAGCAAGGGGGCCUCCGGGUCGACGCAGGACCACGCCGCCGGACAGGUCAACAACAACUUCCACGUCGAGAACAACUAAGCUUGCCCCAACGGUGUGGAACUGGAAACUCUUGAUGUGGUAGAUUAUCUUGUUCUUGACAGUACUAUAGUUGUAUUACUUAGUGUUUAAUCACCUUUCCUUCGUUUUGACUGCGGAGGAAUGGGAAAGGGUGGAGAAUUUUGUUGGGGAUACUUUUU